AUGGGUCGCCGCCUCACGCUGCCGCCCAAGCCGGGCUUCCUACGGCCCCUGCCCACCAACAGCCUCGUGGCCAUCACCUCGCUCGUCGUCGUCAACGCCAUCGUCUGGGCCGCCAUCGCCGUGGUCCUGCACUUCCACCCGGCGCUCAUCUCCCCCGCCGCGCUGUCCUACACGCUCGGCCUGCGGCACGCCCUCGACGCGGACCACAUCUCCGCCAUCGACCUCAUGACGCGGCGGCUCAUCGCCUCGGGCCAGCGCCCCGCCACCGUCGGCACCUUCUUCUCCCUCGGGCACAGCACCAUCGUCAUCGUCACCUGCAUCGUCGUCGCCGCCACCAGCGGCGCCCUGCGCGACCGCUUCGACGGCUUCACCCGCGUGGGCAACAUCAUCGGCACUGCCGUCAGCGCCACGUUCCUCAUCAUACUGUGCCUUGGUAACGGAUGGGUCCUCUACAAGCUGGUCAAGCGCCUGCGCGAGGUGCUGGCGUCGCAGCGGCGCAUGGGCGAGGACAGCGAGGACGAGAACGCGGCGAAUGCGGGUAACGGACAGUUUGACCUCGAGGGCGCGGGCUUUCUUGCGCGCACCUUCAAGUUUCUCUUCAAGGCCAUCGAUCGCCCUUGGAAGAUGUAUCCGCUCGGCGUCGUCUUUGGCCUUGGCUUCGACACGAGCUCCGAGGUUGCUAUUCUCGGCAUCGCCAGCAUUCAGGCCAUCAAGGGGACGAGCAUAUGGCUCAUCCUCAUCUUUCCCAUUCUCUUCACGUCCGGCAUGUGCCUGCUUGACACGACCGACGGCGCCCUCAUGAUGGCCCUCUACACGUCCAAAGCCUUCAGGCGAGACGUGGUCGCCAUUCUCUACUACUCCAUUGUACUCACAGGCAUCACCGUCUUCGUCUCUGCCUUUAUCGGCAUCAUCCAGGUCCUGUCCCUGGUGCAGAACGUCGCCGAGCCCGAAGGCCGAUUCUGGGAUGGUGUUUCUGAUGUGGGUGACCAUUUCGACAUCAUCGGAGGUAGCAUAUGCGGCGUCUUUGUGGUGGUCGGCCUAGGAUCGAUCCUCUUCUACAAACCGUGGCGCAGGCGCAUGGAUGCGAAACGUGGGCAACAUCAGGCCCUCAUUGCCGACGACAUGGACAGGGAAAGCCCCGCGCCCGAGUCUGAAGAUCAUGCACCGCCAUCACCAAAGGGUGCAUCAAUGCAGGUACAUGUAGUUGGACAAUCUAGCGCUUGA